UUGAUACAUAUUUUAGUCUUUUGAGUUCAUAUUGUCUUCAGAAGGAGAGCUGUAACACUAUUAGGUGAUUAAUAGACCAAGCAGUUAACAGAAAAUUAACCUUUUUGAUAAUCUGUUGAUAUCUUAAGUCGUUUUUCAUCCAAAUUCCCACUUGAACCUUCUUUUUUUUUUUUGUUCCCAGAAUCAAAGAAAAUGCUGCUUUCCUUUGUUUUGUAUUUGUAAACUUAAUAUCUUUUGGGUCUCAAACUAUUAACCGGACUUAACAACAUAACGUAGCAUAUUCCUAAGUAAAAUGGCUGACACAACAAACCGAGGUGCACUGGUUGGGAACGUCAACGUCGAAGGAAAUGAGUGUCAGUUGUGCUAAGAAGCAGCCUACAGCCGCACUGUGCUCGGUGGGCUCUGUGCAAUGCAACACUGCCAUCUAUGGAUAAUAUUUCCUGUUGGUCCCGCAUCACGUCGCUGCCUGUGUCGUCUGGAGGAGACUCCUCCCCGCAGACAGCGCGUCCUGUCCCCUCUCCGGCGCAAUGGUCUCCUGGAUCAUCUCCAGACUUGUGGUACUUGUGUUUGGUACACUAUACCCUGCGUACUCCUCUUACAAAGCUGUGAAAUCAAAAGAUGUGAAGGAAUAUGUGAAAUGGAUGAUGUACUGGAUAAUAUUUGCUCUCUUCAUGACUGUGGAAGUAUUUACAGACAUGUUUCUCUGUUGGCUUCCUUUCUAUUAUGAACUGAAGAUAGCCUUUGUGGUGUGGCUGCUGUCCCCGUACACGAAAGGCUCUAGUGUGCUAUACAGGAAGUUUGUUCAUCCCACACUUUCCUCAAAAGAAAAGGACAUUGAUGACUACAUCUGCCAAGCCAAGGACAAAAGCUAUGACACCCUGGUGCAUUUUGGGAGAAAAGGGCUGAAUGUUGCAGCCACAGCUGCAGUCCUGGCUGCAACAAAGAGCCAAGGAGUCCUGUCAGACAGACUGAGGAGUUUCAGCAUGCAGGAUCUGUCUUCCUUCCAGUCUGACUCGGUCAACACAGACCCUGGCACCACGCAGCCGGCAGCAGCACAACAUCGGACCAGAACUAUGAUGCGCAGCAAGUCAGAGAGCUACAACAAGGGAGAGGAUUUUGAGUAUGAGGUGCUGGGGUUGGACCAGUGGGACUCCAAGGAGUCGCUGUCCCAGACCAUUUCACCCUCUGAGUCUGAGUCCACACCCAUUACGCCCUCACUCACACCCCAGUCGACCCCACCCUCCACACCCUCUCCACCUCCCUCUCCUCCAGCUCCAGAGCAGCCAGAGGAGGUGGGGAAAGAGGUGCAGGCAGCGUUGAGCUCUCCACAGCUCAGGCUGAUAAAGAGGAAGGCUCCUGAGCCUCCUCUUAGAGUCUUAAGGCCUCUCACAAGAUCCAGGAGUGCUCUUUCUUCGAACAAAGAAGCCAUGUGAAACUGUCCUCAAGACUGCUCCAGCUGCCUCUGCUGCAAGAAGUAAAAAUACUGAAUGGCCAAAAGCUACUGCUACAUGACUGAAGCAGCCUUGGUUUGGAAUAAGGUAUUACCAAAGUGACCUAUGAUGACCCCUCUAUCUAUUGUACAUAACUCUUGGCUAAUGAGCAAAUAAAUGGGUUUUGUCACACCGAAUUAAGAAAAAUGAGUGAAUGGGCUCCAUGCUGAUAGACACUUUGAGUUUGUGGGUUAUUGAAUAUGUAUUUAUGUACAAUUAGUGUGUACUUCAUCUUUCUUGAUUUGAUUGUUUUUAUAUAUCAGGUUUGGGAAGGCAAUUGCAUGAGUGUCUUCCCGGUCAUUAGUCCACUGUGUAUUCAACAGAAUGUAAUGUCGCCAAAUCCCACUCCUGGUAUUGGGAAUGAUGCGGCCAGUCUUCGAGAAUGUGUUACAAGCCAAGGAAUAAAAAUGAAAUGAUAAUAAUAAUCAACUGUAUUUGCUGUGGAGGAACACCUGAGAGCAGCUGAAUUCUGCAUUGAUUAAUUAUCAUAUCUACGUAUUGACAAAUCAGCCAAUUGCACCAAAACAAAACAAAGAAAGUCAGACACCAGUGGUAGACAAUAUUCUGUUGUUUACCUCCACAUUAAAGCCUUAAAGAAAGAGAUAGCAGAGACAUAAAAAAUACAACAUGUCUCUACACAGGUUAUAACUAUGUCAUGUUUGCACUAUAUAUAUAUUACUGCCCUUAAUGCUCAAUGAAAUGGCCAAAUUUACACAAUAAUCUUAACAAAAUAUUAGUAGCUGUUUAUUUAUGUGAGAAGUCAUUACACCAGUUUCACAUAUAAAAGAAGAAAGUCAUAAACACAAAGUCUUCUCAGUGGAGCUGACAAUCUACUGUUCAUUUUUCUUUUUAAAUCUCGUCAUUUAAUUGACAAAUUAGUUGGCGGUUUAAGGCCAAUAAGGAACACGUCACCUUCAUCUGUAGCAAAAGUGUAUAUGAAAUGAAUCAAUAUUUAAUUUAUGUUAACUGGGUUGUUUUUCCACGUUUGAAAUCACUAUGUAAUGUUCUGUUACUGAGCAACACUAAACACAAUGAUCUAACCUUCGACCUACUUCUGCUGUUCUUCAGAAAAACAUGAGACUGUAUUUGUUGGUUUCCCGGUUUACAAAGAGUUUUCAUCCUGUACUUUAUUCACUGAGCCUGAAUCACAGCAACAUUUUACACAACGUAUCUCUGCGUUGGUUGUUGAUGCUUGGAUUUACACAGUAGAUUUAUAAUUUUCGUCCUUGUAUCUGUAUCACUUGAGUCAGAUUGAAGUUUGACACAACGGCUUCUCAGGUACAACUCUUCUGUUUACACACCAUUCACUCUGUUGGUGAAGAUACACUUGUUAUGCACAUGAAAUGUCCUUGUAAUGGAUAAAUGGGGGGGGGAAUGAAACUGGGAAAAAUCUGAUUGUGUUUCAGCGUUAGUAGUAUCAGGUGUUAGUGUUGGAGCUGAUUUCCUUCCAUUCUAAUUCAUGCAAAGUAAAACUGAGAAGAAAAAAAACAUGUUACUAUCAGAUUUGUAUACAUGUGUAGACUGAUAAACUCAUCAUUGCAUGUUUGUUAUUCAUUUGUAUGAAAAUUUAAUCCUUCAGUGAUUUCAGUGUGAAGCUCUUGGCCUCUUCAGAUGCCUUGUAGGUGAACUGUCAUUUUCAGUUGCUUUGCAGAAAGAACAUGAAAUGUUCUGACUAAGUUGCUUUUGCAUAAAUGCAUAUAACAUGUCUUAUUUACUGGUUAAUUAGCCACUUUGACUUUGCCCAUGAAAAUAGAGACACCACUUCUUAAGUUGUCCUAAGCAAUUUUGUUCUGGCAGGCCAGAAUGUCAAAUUACUUAAAUUUAAAACUUGUCAAUCAUGAAUUAAAAGCAGUGAUGUGAUGACAGGAUGCGUUAUGGCUGUCAAUUGUUCCACUGGAUUAAAUAUUUAAUUUCAAGUCAUUAAAUAUCAAGGAAAACUUUA